CAAGCGACAUUGAAGUCGUUGCAACAUCUUUUGGCACUCAACCCAAGGAUCUUCUGAAGGAGUCACAUAAUAAAGCCAGCUACAGCUGCCAUGCUUCCUCUAACUGCGCGCGCCCUUCCGGGCGCCCUUCAUGCACGACCACGCUUGGUCUCAUCGAUUCCUCGAAUCCAACUAGUUGCACGCUUGUCAACUACCCCCAACAAAUCGGCCACAGCGCUUGAGCAACAAGGACAUUCCGGCCAACCACUGACGGCCUCUGGAAAGAUACGGAAGGAGGUACCUCUGCCGAGCCAGGAGAAGAAAGAGGGUGCGAUGCAAUAUGUGCUGACUACCUUGGACCAAGUUGCUAACUGGGCACGUCAAAGCUCUCUUUGGCCUAUGACUUUUGGUCUCGCUUGCUGCGCUGUUGAGAUGAUGCAUCUGUCUACUCCGAGAUAUGAUCAAGAUCGCCUAGGAAUUAUCUUUCGAGCCUCUCCCCGCCAGUCAGAUGUCAUGAUCGUCGCUGGGACGUUAACGAACAAGAUGGCACCCGCUCUUAGGCAGGUUUAUGAUCAGAUGCCCGACCCACGUUGGGUCGUUAGCAUGGGCAGCUGCGCAAAUGGUGGUGGCUACUAUCAUUACAGCUACUCCGUUGUUCGUGGUUGCGAUAGAAUCGUGCCCGUUGAUGUUUAUGUUCCUGGAUGCCCACCGACCUCCGAGGCAUUGAUGUACGGAAUCUUCCAACUCCAGAAGAAGAUGAGGCACACCAGAAUCACGCGCAUGUGGUACCGGCGCUAAGUCUUUGGUUAUAUAUUCUAUCGUCCUAUUCGAGCUCAAGGGCCCAAUUAAGGUAGAUGUACAAUUA